GGCUGCAGAGAGCAUAGUAUGCAAAUAAGUGAAUGUAAAUUGCAGUAGUUGUAGCAUGUAUUUAUUUUCGGACUUCUUAGUUCUAGGCUGCUUAUUCGUGAAUGGCCUCUUUAUAGGUUAUUAUUAUAAAUUUGCUUACAUUUACGAUAAUCUUUGGACCCAUUGGUAUGCAGUGGUUGGUGGAGUAGCCGCGUUACUACUUGCUGGUGUAUGGAGUUUUAACAAAUACAGAAGCAAGCAAUAUCGUUUUGAUAAUUUUUUUAUGAUUUUUUAUGGUCUUAUAUGCUCCAUCAUUAGCAGUUGCUUUAUGGUCACCGAAAAUGUUGAUAUAUCCUUUUACUUUGGCUUUGUGGGCGCAGUUAUCAUUUUUAUACCGAGUUUUAGUUUUAUAAGUUUACGGAGUAACGAACGGGGCUUGCGUCCUGCUUGCAUAGCUACAGGCAACACUGCUUAUUUUUCCGGAUUAGCCAUCGGCUUUACAGUGUUCAACGAAAUCGAACCAAAACUGAGCGCAUGGUUAUACCUUGGUAUGACUUUAUUGAUAAUUGUUGGUUUGGUGGCUAAUGAAGUCUUGCAACAUUAUGGCGUAUAUAAUUAUAAACAAUCUUGUGAUCUUGCAUUCAAUAUAAUGAAUGAAGAAAAAUGUCUCUUUCUACCAGCUAAAUCGAUAUUUGCAUUAUUUGUGGGACGCGACGAUUUUUACUUUAAAAGAAAUCUGCAAUGGUAUGUAGUGGCUGCGUCAAUUGUAUUAGUUUUAGAAAGGACCUGUGUGUUUACUUCGUCAUUUUUACAACUAGCAUGGAGUGCUUCUUCUUCUUACAUGGGCUCACAAAGUUUAUAUGGACCAUUUUUACUAUACUCCAUCGGUUGUGGUAUUGGAGGUUUGUUACUAUUACGCUAUACACCGAAAUUUAUAUUCCUUAUGUUUGGUAUGAUCAAAAUAACUAUAAUCGCUGCAAUAUUGGGCGUUUAUAAGGAAGAGUUGACGGAGAGCUGUUUUGUCUUUAUUUGCUUUUAUUAUAUAUCAAUGGGUGUUUAUUCUAGCAUAGCUCUUCAAAUGAUAUUGGAAUGCACACCAUUUCUUUUUACCGAAUUGGUUUUAGCUAUUUUUUUAGCUUUAGAACUAUUCGUGUCGGAAUUGCUAAAGUAUGAGACUAAAGCAGAUAAUUCCACGUCGUUGUUAAUUGGAAUGGGCAUAAGUGAAAUGGUCUUAACACUUGCUGCAAUCCUUGUGGUAAAAGUUUUGCUACCGAAAUCAACUGGACUUAUCGAUAUAAGAAAUAAACUACUUGGUAUUAGAAAGCAGAAGGUCCUUAAUGAACAUUCAAAUAUUUGGUAUACAAAUCAUUUUCUACAACACAACAUACAGCCGGAAGAAGUAACAAAGAUAAAGUUGGAUGGUAAUCGUAUAUUUCAGCAAUAUCCGAAAAAGGAUGAGAAUAUACACAAAAUGUCCAAGCUGUGGGAAAAUUUUGUUUAUAAAUUUUUUCAGUAUGCACCGAGUUCCGUGGUGUCUCUGAUGUUUUUGCCUUGCGGUUUGGUGUUUGGUUACACGAUAUCAUCAUUCGUAAUCGAACGGAAUUCUAAUGUCGGCGUCAUAGCUUAUGGCCCCAUUAUACUGGGUGGAUGCUGGGGUCUCGUAGCUGCAAUUGCUAUGUUUAUGAUGAAAUUCAUGAAGGGACGCAUUAUAUUUUGGCAUAUUCACAUUUUGCUUGCAGCGGGGGCAUUCCAUAUACUUGCCAGCUGCUUCUUCUUCGCAACCAAUGUAGCUGAUGUUGGUUCUUUUAUAUCUUAUCUGGCGCACGCUCUCACCUUUCUAGCUGGCUUAAGCUACUUGCAUUCAAUACCAGGCAGAAAAACGCGUUCCAUAUUCUUAUCGGCGAGCCUUAGUUUUUAUCUUUUAGGAAUUGCUUCAGCAGUUAGCUUAAUAUGUAAAAGAUACAGCAAAGAAAUAAUCAACAAUCCCAACACAACAGAUGGACAGAGCAUCGAAGGAAUUUAUGUGGAUUUUGCUGGUGUGUAUUUAUCAAUAGCAGUUGUCUGUGGAGCCAUACUAAUCGGGUUGAAGGUGUUAAAUUUCUUCGGUACUGUCGAUUGUGAGAAUUGUAUAGACAACGAAUUCCGUAUAGCAAAUUCCAAUGGCAGCAUUUUUGAUAAACGUCAAGAACUCAUCAAGCGAAUUAGAUUCUUCUAUAUAACUAAGAAUCAACAAUGGAAUGUUACGUUUGUACUGAUAUUCACGGAAGCCGUUCAUUAUGCUAUGUUCAUUUAUUUUGUAUUUUGGUUCUCCAUGAACACUGCAGUUCAGAUUGCCACAGUAAAUGGCAUUGAUUUAAUAUUUUGGAUAAUAUUUGUGGGCAGCAUCGUCUCCACUGCGAGUUUGGCAUUCGUUAGCCCAAAAAUAUUAUUUGUAGGGAAUCAGCUUUGCAUGAUUAUAUUGACAGUCAUAAGUAUGAUUAUAUUUACUAGUGUUGAAUCACAUGUUAAUAUUUGGCUAAUAUUAUUCUUCUUCGGGUUGUCAUUUUCGAAUCUAAAAAUUGCCAUGGUUGAGGUAUCACACUUUUGUUACACAGAGGUAAUAAUAUAUGGCAUGUAUGUGUUAAAACUUAUAAGCACAAGUGUUGUUUAUUAUUAUUUUGUAUCUAACGGCAAAAAUUCGUACUUUUAUUCGACCGACGAAAGCACAGUUAUGGCUCAGGGUUUCGUUUUUAUAAUUAUUACUGCUUUACUGGCAUUGGUUGUUGGCAUGAAAGUGCCAAGAACUUUUAGGAAAUCGCUUUUCGAAAUACAGUACGGUUUGUUGGGAAUUAUUUUUGAAAAGCAUCAAAUUGAGCAACUUAAUGUGCAGUGCUUAAACGACGGAACAAUUCCAACAAUAAGCAGAUCAGAUGUUCAUUAAUGGCAACUACGAUAAAUUAUUCAUAAUUGUUUUAUGUGUUAUGUUUGAUAUAAAACUGUUUUUAUUUUUAAU